AUGGCCGCCGUCAUGGACGACUAUCUCGACAGUCCCAUGGACAACGAGGACGUCUUUCCUUGCAAAGGCUGUGGAGAUAUCCUUGAGGAAGGCAAAGCGUUCGAACUUGCACAUGCUGGCUCCCUUUUUCAACCUCUCCUGUCCGCCCUCACCUCUGGCCAUGUCGUCGCUUGCGCCAUGCCGUCCAUCAUCUCCAAGUUUCACCCCGCUAACACUGAUGCCUCUCCCUCAGCUGGCAACCGAUGGCAUCUCAACUGCUUCCGCUGUAACACCUGCGGAACUCUGCUCGAUUCCGACGCGAACCUCCUCCUCCUCGGCGAUGGCUCCCUCAUCUGCAACAGCUGUACAUAUAGCUGCAAUGCUUGCGGCAGCAAGAUCGAGGAGCUCGCUAUCCUCACCGGCGAUCAGGCCUUCUGCGCGACCUGCUUCCGCUGCCGCAACUGCAAACGCAAGAUCGAGAACCUUCGAUACGCUAGGACGUCUCAGGGUAUCUUCUGUAUGAGCUGUCACGAGAGUCUCAUGGCGAGACGCAGAAAAAAAUCCAAAGCGGCAGCACAAUCCAAAAGUCGAGAAAAGGACUCAUCUCCCAUGAUCACCGACAAGUCCCUGCCCGCUCUCCCCCCCAAUGCAAUACCACCCAACGCCUUCUCUGACACGCGCGUUGACCCCGAGUCGGACACACCAACCGAGCUGUCGCCGCGACCUCGCCCCGCCUACCGAAACGAUGCCGAUUCGCGGGGCAGUUCCCGGCCGGCGCGCUCUCCUGAGCGGUCAACCGAGAACAGUGGCAAAGAGACUGGGCUGGGCCUACCUGCCGCGAGUUACCGGAACAACCGCAACUCGACCAUCAUCGCCCCGCCGGACCUGAACGGCGGUGACGGCGACAGCUUCUUCAUCCCUGUCGCUCUCGAUCCUACCCCUGCCACCUCAACCCCGCGGUCCAUGUCGGACAACUUUAACGACCCAGCGAAGAAGAAAGAAAAGGACUACUUCAGUGUGAAUAGGACCAAUUCGCAGAAGAGAACCGAGUCGCAAUCAUCAACGCCGCACAUCGCCUUUCAAGAAAAGGGACGGCAGUCUUCAUCAGAACUAGAGCACGCCAAACUUCCCUUGCGCAAGGCUUCGACCGCAUCUAGAAGGGACUCGGCCGCUCCUCUGAAGCCCUCGCCCGCCCUUGACGAAAAGUCGCAAAGAACGGCCACGAGUAAGCCUCAGUCGAUCAACGAAGACUUCAGGUUGCAGGACGCACCAAAGAGUAAGAAGGCUGCGAGCUCACGAAGCAACACCUCACCCACACUCCAGUCAGACAAUGGCAGCGCCAAGGGCUCGAACGGUGUCUCGAGGCGGGAGCCGCCGUCUGAGUCGCCCCCUCGUCCUAGCAUUGGUGACAUGAGCGGAACGUCGAGGUCUUCUCUUGACUCGAGAAGGCGUGACGAGGACGAUUUGCGGCCGUCGCUAGACUCGAUGCCUUCAUCGCGUCCUGACGGCACGCCCAAUAAGCCCAUCGCGAGGAAGGAGUUGCCAGCAACGGCUUCACGGAAUGUUCCAUCGAAACCCCAUUCAAACUCCCUAUCAAGGACAGUGACCGAAGAAUCAGCGCCUCCCUCCAAACUGGCCACAAGCCGCCCGCCCAUGACUGAACAAAAGCUAAGCGACAGUUACAUGCAACCGCGGAAAGCUCCUCCUCACCCUGGAGCGCCAGGGGCCUCUCCUCUGCCCUCUAAGGAGCCUGUUGGUACCCCUGGCGAUGGGAGGACUGACGGCAAGACGGACAAAGAGAAGCAUUCUCCCAAGCUUCCUAGGUGGAGCUCCGGAGGUGAUUUCACUAUGGAUGAAGAUAUGGCCAGAAUCUUGGGCACUGAUGAGGGCUCCUCGUCAAUUCUGCGCCGCGUCUCGAACGCCGUGCGCCACGGCCGAACGAACAGUACCGAGGCCAGCCAUCCCCCGCAACGCGCCAGCGGACACACUCGUAGCGUCAGUGAGACGACUCGUGGCACAGCUUCUCCCCGAUGGCCCAAGACGCCAAUGGUGUUGGAGGAUCCAAGCCCGGGCCACGAGAUCAGCAGUCCUAUUUCCCUGCACUCCAGCGACGACCCUGCCUUCCUGAAGCGGCAACUUCGAAACUCGGAGCAGCGUGUGGCGGAGUUGGAGCGGCAAUUCAACACAGAGAAGGAUCUCAAGCAUCUUAACAAGAAGCUUGUGGAGAAGCGAAAGACUGUCUCGACGCUGGACACGCAGACUGAGAUCAUGAUCCGUCAGCUGGAGGUUCUCGCCGGAUAUGUCGAGAGGGCCAAGGAGACAAAGACGCCUGUCGAUCCAAGGGACUUGGAAGACUCGGCUAUCAAGGACUUUGUCCAGAAGCUGGACAAGGUGAAAGAGACAAUGAGCGAAGCUAUCGAGGCUCUUCACGAAGAGCGAGAUGAAUUGGUUGAGGAAAAGAACAAAGCCAUUGCGGAUCGAGACCGAGCUCUGCUCGAGUUCGAGCAGCUUUCCUCGAAAAAUGCCCAGCUUGCUGAUAUGAACAAUGACCUGACGCAUCAGAUCCAGGAGCGCUUCAAGUCUCAGAUUGGCGAUCUGAAGUCGCCGAGCGGCCUUGGCAUCUACAGCCAGAACAAGGGCCUCUCCGGCUCCUCACUCAACCUUGCCGGUGACAGCGCCAGCAUGACGACGGGCACGACUCUGAUGGCCCAUGAUAACGAGGAGCCAGCGGUUGUUGAAGCGAGGCCUCAGGUCGUCGACAUUCGCAAGGGACAGGUCAAGAAGUUCAACUGGAAGAAGGGUACCAAAAUGGCACAGAACGUCUCCAAGGGCCUUAACCGCGCCGUCGUCGCUUUUCAACAGGAACGAGAAGGACGGCAGCAUCCCGGUCUCACGGCAGACAACAUUGGCAUGCCGUACAAUAUGACGGUCUCUCAGGUCGAGGCCCCCGCCGUGAUCAACCCCAAUGGACCUAACAGGCCUCCUCCUAACCAAGGAUUCGGUUUCUUCAAGAAGGACAAGAUGCCCAAGUCCAUGUCCGCCAACAACCUAUCCGCUCAGAUCAUUGCCGAGGCUCCGUCUGUCUUGUUCGGCUCCGACCUUGUGGAUCGCGCCGACUACGAGCGGCGCCAGAUCCCCAGCGUAGUGACCCGCUGCAUCGAAGAGGUUGAGCUUCGCGGCAUGGAUGUAGAGGGUAUCUACCGAAAGACGGGCGGCAACUCUCAAGUCAAGAUAAUCCAGGAAGGCUUCGAUAAGAACGAAGACUACGAUAUUUCAGACCCUGAGCUAGACAUUACGGCUGUCACCAGUGUGCUGAAGCAGUACUUCCGGAAGCUUCCUCAGCCGCUCUUGACGUACGAGGUCUACGACCAGAUCCUCCAGUCCAAUGCGUUCGCUGACACGCCGACCGAGCGGUGUGAUUUCCUGCGGAAGACUUUUGCAUUGAUGCCGCAGCAGCAUCGCGAUUGUCUCGAGUUCCUCAUGUUCCAUCUUGCUCGCGUUGCCAAACGCGAGCCUGAGAACCUGAUGUCACCCAAGAACCUCGCCGUCGUAUUUGCACCCACCAUUAUGCGAGACACCAGCCUUGAGCGCGAGAUGACGGAUAUGCACGCGAAGAAUUUGGCUGUUCAAUUCGUCAUUGAGAACAGUCACACCAUCUUCACCGAAUGA